GGUUGACAUUACCUUCUAUGGUUGACAUAAAUUAGAAUUAAUUUCAUUUUCAAAAUAAAAAUUUAAAAAGCAUAUAAAUCAAAAUUCUAGUACACUUUAGAUGACAUAGAUUACUGUUGCUUCUUAGAAAAUGGUGAAAUUGGAAGUGUGUAUAGACAGCUUGGAGUCCGCCAUCAAUGCCAUCCAUGGAGGUGCGGAAGAGCUUGAAGUAUGCAGCUCCCUUGCUGAAGGAGGUCUUACACCUACGCUUGGACUGGUGAAACAAAUAUUAUACAUGGUACGGAAUAUAGGUACAGGGACACCUAUACAUCAAACAUGCUCAGAUUGUAAAUGCCCAGAGUUAACUGAGAAACCAAGUGUGAAUGUAAUGAUCAGAUGUAGAGGAGGCUCCGAUUUUUGUUACACACCAAAGGAAGUAGAAACAAUGCUGUUAGACUUAGGCAUAAUGAAGAACAUGGGUGUAAACAGGUUUGUCUUUGGUGCACUUACCAGCGAACAGGAAGUUGAUGUUGUUACAUGUGCCAAAAUUAUCGCUAAGGCAAAUCCUUUGCCAGUAACUUUUCACCGAGCCUUUGAUAUGUGCAAGAAUACUUUAAUAUCUCUUGAGAAAAUUGUCAAACUCGGAUUUGACAGAGUUCUUACGAGUGGUCAGAGACCUUCCGUAGAGGACCCUGAAUCAUUGCAAAUAAUAACUGAUAUAAUGGGCUUUUACCAUGACAAAAUCCAUAUCAUGCCUGGUGGUGGUAUCAAUACAGAAAAUGUUAAAAAAUAUGUGAAACUUGGAUGCCCGUUAAUUCAUAGCUCAUGUAAAGUUGCCAGACCGGCCAAGAUUGGCAAAACUUUGAACAUGGGAAUGGAAACUGCAGGCCCUGAGAGAAUUUACUACACAGAUAAAAAUAGUGUUAUUAGAUUAAGAUGUGCAAUAAGAAAUGAGCUUUUACAAAUACAGAAGCACUAAA